CAGCAGGCACACCACGCGGACACAAGUCAGAAUUUCGUAAAUUUCUGUGACCCAAUUUCUGCCUUCAUUUCAUCAUGGCUUCCUACGUUUUCCAACUUUUCAAAAAAGUCUUCUUCUCCGUCGACAAGAAAUCCGAAUCCGGCGAGAAAUCUGGAGGGAAGAGGAAAUACUGCGAAAUGGGGGUGGGCACGGGGGACGAUUUGGAAACUACUCCUCCCCCACGUAAGAAACUCAACCUGGGAACGAAACCUCCUGAGCAAAUCCCUCCAGUUUCAGCUCCCACGAUGGAUGAAGUGCGUCGCAAAAGCUGCACCAAUUUUGGCGAUCUUGUAAAGUUUGAGGAAACGUUUGGAUUACCACCACCAACAUUAAUUUCUGGCGAAAUUGGAGAGGGAAGUGUCGACAAAACGACUCCCACCGUGGCGACGUCGACAUCUACAUCCACAAAUACAAGUGACACCCCGACAACCACUCCCACUACCACGGCCGACACGAAAACCACAAAAGUUGCCCCCACCGAUACAAAAAGCAGCAAAACCGAUUCCACCGAAGCGAAGGGGGACGACCCGAAAGCAGAGGCCGAAAAGAAGGAAAAAGAGGAAGAAGAAUUCAUCAAAAGUCACGAAGUCCAUGUCGUCGCCAACGGACGCCACGGAAUCUCCACACAACCUCCCCCCGACUUCUCCUCCCCUUCCCUCCAAAACUACGACCUCAACAACCAGAUCGACUUUCUCCGCAAGAACGUCAUCAAUCCCAUCAAGUGUCGCGAACUGUACAAAACUGGAAAUAUUUCCCUCCCCAAAGGAAUAUAUUUCCACGGUGGCGACAUAAAUUGUCAAGCUCUCCUGCUCGUCAAAGCCCUUGCGACGGAAUUAGGCAAAGAAUUCGGGGAUGGGGCGAAACCCCUUAGAAUUUUUAGAAGAUGGAAGGUCGACGUGUUUUCAAAAUAUUCGGGUGACGGGGGAGCAGAAGUUUUCGUCGACUGGCUCUUCUCCGCGGCGACAAAGUUCCAGCCGUCGAUCAUAUUUAUCGAGAAUUUGGAUCAGUUUGGAAGCUAUUGCAGGCACGAUAUUUUCACAAAUCACGAACUCGUCGCCAAACUCGGGGAACGGAUGGACACCUUGAUCCCCGGCGAAGUGCUCGUCAUCGCCACCAUCGCCGCCCCCACGAGAACCUUCCAAUCCCUCAAUGAUGUCCAUCGUUUCACCAAAUUCCUCCAAUUCCCCACCACCAUUACGCCCAAAGGGAUCCUCGGCUGCCUCAAGAUGCUCACGGAAACCUGGACGGAAACCUGGAUGUUUCCGAAACCUCCCUGGAAACCAGAGACGAAAUUCUAACCAAAGUUUCUGAACUCCUGGCCAUGGCUGGAAAACUGUUAAAACGUGACCACAUUGAAAUCCUUUGCCAAGAAGUUUAUCAAACCGCGAUCAACACUCAGAUUCAAGGUUCUUCUUCCUCCUGCAGUUGUUGCAAAUGUCCCCCAACGGCGCCCAAAUUCCCCUCGGUGUCCGACUGGCAGGCGGGAUUCAAGGCUUUCGUCGAACUUAAGACGCCAUUUGACGUUUCCACCACGCCGGUGGCGGAAACGUCAAAUUGUUCAGAUUUUAAUGCAGCAAUGCCCCACUCUGACGCGUCCAUGGAGGGGCUAAGUUUUUCAAAAAUUGGCGGGCUCGCGGCGCAAAUUCAGGUCUUGACGGAGAACAUAAUCACCCCGCUGAGGAAUAAGGACAAGUUGAAAGAACUCGGGUGGGAAGUUGAACCCGUGCGGGGAUUUAUUUUCCACGGGCCGCCCGGAACGGGGAAGACGUUGCUGGGAAAGACGUUGGCGGCAGAAUUAAGUCGACUACAGGGCGGGAAGAAGUUUUCCUUCUUUUAUCACAAGGGGACGGAUUGUUUUGCGAAAUACGUGGGGAAAACGGAGGCCAAGUUGAGAUCGAUUUUCGCCAAUGCGGAGGCGAACAAGCCGGCGAUUAUUUUUAUGGAUGAGAUUGAUGGUCUGUGCAGUGCGAGGGAUGAAAAUAGUGCCUCAAACUUCAAAUUCUACAACGGCGUCGUCACCACAAUGCUCGGACUGAUGGAUAACCUUCCGCGCGGAGAAGUCUUCGUCAUCGCAGCGACCAAUCGUCUCACCAGUCUCGAUCCUGCACUCCGUCGUCCCGGCCGAUUCGACAAAUCCAUUGCAUUCCAAGCCCCAAAGAAGGACGGACGAAAAUCAAUCAUGCAGAUUCACACGGCCAAUUGGGACAUAAAAUCAAAGCUUGACGAAACCUUUCUGGAUGAACUUUCCGAAAUGACGGGCGGUUAUACAGGCGCCGAUUUGGAGCAAGUUUGUCGCCAAGCCUUCGUCUUCGCGAUGAAGCGACAUAUUGCGGCAAAGAAUUGUCCCCUGCCCCUGCCAGAAAAAAAUGCGGAAAAGGGACCGGAAGUGGAAGGACCGAAGUCGAAGUUUGAUGGAUUGAUCGUUCAAAAGCAGGAGUGGUACAGCGCCGUGAAGGCUGUCCCUCCAAGCGGGACAAGUCACUUUGGAAAUGCGGUUAUCUCCGAUAAGCCAAUCCCCGCCAGUGCCGCGGCCGCUUUGAAGGAUGACGUGGACGAGAUUACGGCCCGUUUAGCGUACUUUAUCAAGCCUGAUGAGAGUGGGACUGGAAUUGUGAAAUCUUCUCCGAAAUCUGGCGGAGGCGGAGUGCUUAAUACUUUCUUAAUUUGGGGAAGUGAUGCGAAACAGCUUAAAGUGAUCGACAAUCUCUCUUUUCGUCCCCCGGAUUCAGCUCGGUUAUCGCGGCGAAAAUGGAAAUUCUCCCUCUUGGCGUGGGGCUUGGUGUGGUAAAAAUAUAUAUUGCGGCCAUCUUCAAUCACGUGCUUAAUCCCGGUGAGGACAAAGUAGCAGUUUUGUAUGUUCCUGGGAUCGAUCAAUUGUUGAAUCCGAAGAUUGGGAAGGCGUGGGAAAUGAAGGAACACGAGCAGAUUUUGAACAGUUUUGAGAUGAUGCGAGGGGAAAAGGUUCUCCUUAUCGGGACGGCGGCAGGGUCACCGGACCAGAUGAGUGACAAGGUCCAAGUCCUGUUUAGAGGCCUGCACAACUCUCGUCAUUAUGAAAUCACUCCUCCCAACGGAACCCAAAUACGGCAAGUGUUUGCCAGGAUUUCCGAAAAAAUUCCUUCCAUGGCGUUUCAGAAAAUUAUAACGAAGUUAGGCGGCUCGACAUCCCAAAAAGGGACAGGGAACGAUUUUACUCGGAAAAAUUUGAGUUUGUACGAUCUGCUUGAUUUCGAAGUGGAGGUCACCCAAAUAUGUGGCAAAUUUGACGAUCUGACAACGGGCAAGGCCAUGGAUGACGUUUGCUUCGCUCUGGACAAAGCUACGGAUGCCUUCUGCUCAUAUUUGGAUGGACAAGAAAAAUACAAAUCGGCUCUUUGCGGCAUGUACACUUAAUUAAUUUAUUAUCCUAUAUAUUGUUUAUUCGAUAUUUAUUGGUAAAUUUCUAAUUUUUAAAAAUUCCUUAAUUGUUAUUCAUUCUUACAAAGAUUUAUAAAUUUUCAAAAUUUCGACUUCGACCUAUUUACUAUGAAUUUCUGCAUAAUAUUUUGUUUAGUUAAGUUAUUCACAAUACAUUUCGACUGUUCUAUUUAAUACGACUUGGAGCUUAUCUACUUUACUUGUUAUGUAAAUUAGGAUUAUUGAUUAUGG